AUGAAUUAGAAAAGGUAUAUUUCGACCAAAAGGCCUCACAGCACAAACAUGUAAGGCGCAAGAGCUGCAAAAAUAUCUUCUUUGGAGACAAAUGAUUUUGUAUAAAAUUAAAAUGUGAAAUGUAAUACAUAAGAAGGUAAUAAGAGAAAUAAGUAAAUACAGAUUAUAACAUAAGUUUAAAAAAAAAAUGCAGGCACUAAUUUUUAUCAAUAGAAUGAAAAUAAUGACAAUUUUGUUAGUAUUACUUCAUAGGAUAAUCAAUUUUAAGACGAAUAUAGAAAUGUUCAUUUAAAAUCUGUUAUGUUUUCUCAAGAUAGUUAACAACUAUUUGACGGUAAUAAUUUCAAUCAUCCUCAUAAUUCAUUAUAAAUGAGUACUGGAUUUAUUGAACCUCCUAAUAACCUUUACACUGAUGCUUCUUUUGUAGAUGAGCAUAGAGGUUCUAACAAAUACUAACAAAAUCAUUCAAAUAUAGUUUAAUCUCAUUAAUCUAGAGUAUAGAAGACAAACGCUUUUCACACAAAAAUACCACCAAAGAAACAAAAUCAAACUCAAAUGCUUAUUAAGUAUAUAAAUAAUGAGGGAUAGUCUCUUAAUAUAAAAUAAAUAGAGAGAACUAAUUUGAUUUAGCAGCAUCAUUUUUAUGAUGAUUUAUUUAUGGGAAACUAAAAAAUUUAAGAUAUUAAAAAUAGCAACAACAAAGACAGUGCAAAUAAAUAAACUAAGAACAGUUAAAUGAUUAAUGUGUAAAAUUUUAAUAAAAGCUUUUAUGUACAAGUUAAUGUAAGUUAAUAGCUUUGUAAUAAAAGAAAUAGUGUUGAUUCUAAUCUGGUUAUGGCGGCUGGUGAUCAAGGAAAACAAUGUAUUUCAGAAUAAGUAAACACAUAAAGCACAGCUAAAAACUUGUUAGAAUACUAAAAUUAAAAUCAGACACCAGAUUAAUUUUUAAGGAAGGGAGCUUUUCCAGGAAGGAAAUUAUCUAUUUUGAACAAAGAAACACUAAAUUUAAUUGUCAAGAAGCUGUCUCAUUCUAUGCAUUAAGAGAGUAGACUUAGUGCAUCUUCUUUAAACAAUAGCUAGGAAAUAAACUUGAAUUAAUUGGGAUAGCAAAAUAAAAUGCAAAAAGUAUCAUAAACAAACACCACUAAUUUUUUUAAUAGAAACUAUUCCUUUCAAAUUAACAAUAGAGCUCAGACUGCUAACAAAACGAGCAGAGAUUCUUAGAAAUAAACCUGCGUUAAAGGGAUAUCAAUUAAGAAAUAUUAUAGAAAUAAAGCAGUAAAUAAUAUUAUAUAAAAUUCAGUAGAGGAUAAUAUUAAUAACCUAAGUCUAUCAAUAUUGGCUCCAUAAUAGGAGUAAUGUUAAUAAUAACAAAGAAGAUAAACAACUAGCUAAGAUUUUACAGAGAGAAACAAUUAGCAUUAAUACCUUGAAAGCUACUAAAAUUUAAGUUAAAAUUAGAUUGAAAAUAAUUUUUUAAAUGAUUAAGAUGAUAAAGAUUAUCAGACAAAUAUUUUGUCUUAAGAAAAAGAAUUACAAACAGAAGAAAAUAUCAGUUAAAAUUAGCAGAUAAAUUUUUUAAAAGGCUAAGCAGAAUGUUAUAACUCAAAUUUAGAUCUUGAUUAAUAAAUUACAUGCUUUAUAAAAGAUCCUAAAUAUUUAAAUGUUGCUUAAUAAAAUAAAAAAAAGAGAAACAGUUCUAAUUUUUUGAGUCAAUCUUAAACUCACAGAUCUAAAGAUUCAAAUACUAAUAAAGCUUAAACUUCUUUUAAUUUUUAUUAAUCAAACUAGAACCAGCUAUUAAAUUCAACAGGGACUAACUUUAAAAUGAAUUAGUCUUAGUUGGUAGAGCACAGUAAUCACAUUGAGAGAAAGCUCUCAAAUAUGAGCCAAGACUCUCAUCCCUACUUAGAAACUUUAGUAUUUGGAGAAUUUGGAACUCUAGAGUCUGCAGUAGCUAAAUCAAAUCAUUAAAAUAAAAAGUAAUAGCUAGAUUUCAAUGAAUAAGAAGAACAAUUUCAGCUUAAUGCUGAUGAUUAGAUUUAACAAUAUCCCCUCUCUUCUAGAUAUGCAGAAAAAAAUUCAAAACCCAAAAGUAAAAAUUUAAAUCGGAAGUUAAGAAAAGCCGAUAAAAGCCAUAAUAAAUAGACAAAAGGUUUAGAAAAUUCUAACGGAUCAGAAACUGUUUGUGAUUUAACAUCAUUUAACGAUGAUAAAAGUAUAAUAAAAAAUAAAAAAAGAUGUGCAUCUGCAAGAGAAUAAGUCUUUUAAUCUUAAAUACUCUAAAAUGAAAACUUAAAAGAUAAAUUUUUAAAAAACUUAAAUCUUAGAGGUUAAAGGCAAGUCAGUUAAGAAGACCUAAGAUCUGUGGGAUCAUAGCUUUCUUUUUAAGAGCAAUUUGCUGAAAUAUAAAUUAGUUAAGUAAGUACAAAAAAUAAUGUUAAAGAAAAAUAAAACUAAGAAAAUUAAAAUAGUAUGAGCUAAAAUAAUCUUAACACAUCAUAUUAAUUUUAUGAUGAUUCUGAUAAAAUCUAGUAAAGUAACCAAGUAGUGUAUCAAAAAUAGCCUUCGAAUGAGUAUUAAACUUUAUUAAAAGUAUAUGAAAGAAGUUUGGCAAAUAGGACGAUUGAUAAGUAGGAAGAAGAGCAACUUCUACUAAAAAACAAUUGUGAUAAUUAAAAUGUCACCAGGAGGAGAAGUGUCUUAAUAGUAAAAAAGGAUAAUUAUUCUCAUCUUUCAGAAAAUAGUGAGAAUCUUUCUAAUUUAAAGCAAGUCUACAAUAAUAAUCAAAAUAAGGCUACUCAAAAUUAAAUUAAACCAUAAAAUGAAUUUAUGGACAUUAAGAAUGGAACAAAACUUUAAACACAUACUACAAUUGAUAAUAAUUAAAGAUAAAAUACCUCUACUUUGAAUACUGAUCAUUAAAUAAUAAGUACUUAAAAUACAAAUGAUGUAAACUCUCGUUAUUUUGUCAAUCAAACGAUAAGAAAGUAAGAAUUGAAUGGCAUCUUUUUACCUUACUAAAAGGAAGAAUAACAAGUUUGUAAGACAAAUUCACAAUAAGCCAUUUCCUAAAAAAUAAUCCACUCAAAUUUUCCUCAAAAAAUUAAUUCAAAAUUUUUAUAAUAAAAAUAAUACCCAACAAACUCUCAAAUUUUCUCAUUUUUACUACAAAAGCAGAAUAUAAAUUAAAAUUUGGAAAAUAGUAUUUUAGCAAUUAAUUAAAGAAACUCUUCACUGAACAAUAGUUAGUAGGAUAUUAAUAAAUUAAAACAAUCAAAUCAAUUAAAUUAUUAGCAAAGAGGUAACUCUCUUAACACUUCUGCUAAUUUUAAUCAUAAUCUAUAAUAGAAAGACAACUAAAAAUAAAAAUCAAAAAAAGUAAAUUAACCUCCUUACAUAAUUAAUAAUAAAAUGAAAGCAUAUGAUAUGAAUAAUUAAGAUGCUGAUGAACUUCUUCAACCAUGGAAUGAUUAUACAUAUGUUAAAUAUUUUUGA